AUGACUUGUUCUUACUACUUGGGCAAGGACUCAAAAAAGGGCAAAGACAACCUGCAACUCCAGAGGCCAAAUUCAGGUGGGGGCCAGUAUUUCCCCAGAGUCUCCUCCCAGUCCCGGGAGAUGCACCAGCGCCUGCCUUUGGAAGGGGAGGAAGGGACAGAGUCAGAAGAGAGGGAGAACAGUUCUGUAGAAGAUCUGAAAGAAAUCGUCACCCUGGCUUUUGUGAAAGAGAACACGGAGGCUCAAAAAGGACUUCAGAAUGCCCAGCAGCAAGGCAAGAAGAGAAAGAAAAGGAGAUGAUUGGUGAUCAAUCUAUCCAGCUGCCGAUAUGAGAGUGUGCGUAGGGCUGCCCAACAGUACGGCCUUCGAGAAGGAGGGGAAAAUGACGACUGGACUCUCUACUGGACUGACUACUCGGUGUCACUGGAGCGGGUGAUGGAAAUGAAAAGUUACCAGAAAAUCAAUCACUUCCCAGGGAUGAGUGAAAUCUGCCGCAAGGACUUGCUGGCCAGGAAUAUGAACCGCAUGUUAAAGAUGUUCCCUAAAGAUUUUCACUUUUUCCCUAGGACCUGGUGUGUCUCGUUCCCUCCCUGUUCUGGUAGCUGGGGAGAUUUGCAGAACUUCAGCAGGUCAAGAAAAAAUAAGACAUACAUUUGCAAGCCGGAUUCGGGCUGCCAAGGGAGAGGUAUAUUCAUCACCCGGACGGUGAAAGAAAUCAAACCAGGGGAGGACAUGAUCUGUCAGGUCUAUAUUUCAAAGCCCUUUAUCAUCGAUGGGUUCAAGUUCGACCUCCGGAUUUAUGUGCUGAUGACAUCCUGUGACCCUCUCAGGAUUUUCGCCUACAAAGAAGGACUGGCCCGCUUCGCCACGACUUCUUACUCUCAACCUUGCACAGACAACCUGGAUGAUAUCUGCAUGCACCUGACUAAUUAUUCCAUUAAUAAGCACAGUUCCAAUUUCAUUCAAGAUGCUCACUCUGGCAGCAAGAGGAAGCUCUCCACCUUCAACAUGUACAUGGAGAGCCAUGGAUACAACCUGGAGCAGAUAUGGAGAGAUAUCGAGGACGUCAUCAUCAAGACAAUCAUCUCAGCCCACCCCGUCAUCAAGCAUAACUACCACACCUGCUUUCCCAACCACACACUCAAUAGCGCCUGCUUUGAAAUCCUGGGCUUUGACGUUUUGUUGGACCGCAAACUGAAGCCCUGGCUGCUGGAGGUCAACCACUCUCCAAGCUUCUCUACUGACUCCUGGUUGGAUAAAGAGGUGAAGGACAGUCUGCUGUAUGACACCUUGGUCCUGGUCAAUCUGGGAAGCUGUGACAAAAAGAAAGUCUUGGAGGAGGAGAGGCAACGGGGGCGGUUCCUGCAGCAGUGUCGUUCCAGGAAGACCAGGAUCGAGGAAGUCAAGGGUUUUCGGGCUCUGCGUCUAGAGAAAACUGAGAAGUAUGAGAAGGAAAAUUGUGGAGGGUUCCGCUUGAUUUAUCCCAGUCUGAAUUCGGAAAAGUAUGAGAAGUUUUUCCAGGACAACAAUUCCCUCUUCCAGAACACAAUUACCUCCAGGGCCCGGGAGGUAUAUGCCCGGCAACUGAUCCAGGAGCUGAGAUUAAAGAAGGAGAAAAAAUUCUUCCAAACCAAAGAGAAGAAGAUAGAGAUGCAGGGGGAAUCAGCAGGCGAGCAAGCAAGAAGCAAGAACUCGAGGAGCUGGCAACAGACACAGCGGCAGAAAUACAAGGCUGCUACCACCCACGCCUCCAAACAAUACCUCCAGCCAUUGACAUUAGUGUCCUGCACACCUGACUUGCUCUUGAAUGUCAGAGAUGCAAAGAAAAAUGAGACAGACAGCAGCCUUGACCAUGAGGCCCCCAAGAAGGAUGGCUUCAUUUUCCAUAAUUUUACAUCUGCAAGGCAUUACCACUCUGUACCUGACCUGAGGGAUUCAAGCCUUCUCAGCUGCUCCGGGCUGGAGCUCAGUAAACCCAUCUCCAGAAUCAAAGAAGCCAAGUCUGCUCCUGCAGUGAAUAUAUUCACUCUGCCCUUAACUUCACUAGAAACCUUCCCAGAACCCACCACCCAGGUCUCAGACUCCUCUGAGUCUCUGCAAAACAUGACCGUGGCAACCAGUUCUGAAUGCAGUAGCCCAGAGAUGGACAGGGUGGUCUCCUUAAAAUGCAAGCAGCAGCAGAUCCCCCGACACCUCGUCCAGGAGAAAAUAUCUAAAAUUUCUUUGCCUACAAAAUCCCAGCGCUUCUUUGGAAGUCAGAACCCACACUGGAUUUUGCUAAAGAAUAACGCGAAGAAGCGGCAUCUGCUAUCAGAGCUAUUCACCAAGGUUCAACUGAGGGAGAAGCUCUUCAUGUUGCCAGCUUCCUACCACCCAAGGCUGGUGUUGAGGAACCAGUCACAAAACUCCUUCCUGCCCCAGAAGUGCUACUUCCGCAGCCAAAACUCUGGUGAGAAGAGAUCACUGGAUAUGUCCUCCCUCCUCCUCUUGCAGAGUUCUCACAGCCAUGAUGUUUCUCUGAGAGAUCUGCUGGUGGUUGCCACUCCAGCCCGGCUGGAUCCAAGGCCUGGCAGAAGCCAUACAGGUCCUGUGAGGGACCCGUGUAUACAGCAGCAGGAAGCGUACAGCCACUGCCUGAUCUCUGGCCAAAAAAGAUGUGAGAGGAAAUAAGUAGGCUCAUCUAUAUUCCCUUAAUAUGGUGAGUACAUUGAAAGGUACUAUAUGUAUAUAGUUCUGGAAUGUUGGGUAGGUAGGUGGAUGGAUGGAUUGAUAAAGACAUACAGGUAAGUAGACAAUUAAAAUUAAUGUCAGUCAAAA